UAGGGGCUGCCACCGGCGAGGCCGGGCAUGAGCGACGUGGUGGAGCGGACGCUGAGCGCGCUGCCCGGCUUGCUGGGGCAGCACGACCCAGGGGCCGGCCCCGGUGGGGGCCCGGGUCGGUUUUCGGCCACCUCGCGGCUGGGCAGCUUGAUCCGGAGCAUCACCGCGCUCUCCUCCAAACAUGAGGAAGAAAAACUAAUACAACAGGAACAAACUAAUUUGAAGGCAACAGUUUCUGCUCCCACUACAACACUUAGACUGAUGAAAGAAUGUAUGGUGAGACUAAUCUAUUGUGAAAUGCUAGGAUAUGAAUCCUCCUUCGGAUACAUCCAUGCUAUUAAGCUAGCACAACAAGGAAACCUUUUAGAAAAAAGAGUUGGUUAUUUGGCUGUUUCUUUAUUCCUCCAUGAAAAUCAUGAACUGUUGCUUCUGCUUGUGAACACAGUUGUGAAGGACUUGCAGAGCACUAACCUGGUUGAGGUGUGUAUGGCACUUACUGUUGUCAGCCAGAUCUUUCCACGGGAAAUGAUUCCAGCUGUACUUCCCCUCAUAGAAGACAAACUUCAGCAUUCUAAGGAAAUUAUCAGAAGAAAAGCAGUUCAGGCCUUGUAUAAAUUCUAUCUCAUUGCUCCCAACCAAGUCCAGCACAUCCAUGACAAGUUCCGGAAAGCCCUGUGUGAUAGGGAUGUUGGAGUCAUGGCUGCUUCUUUACACAUUUACCUUCAAAUGAUUAAGAAAAAUGCAUCUGGAUACAAAGACUUGACAGAGAGCUUUGUAACCAUUCUAAAGCAGGUAGUAGGAGGAAAGCUUCCUAUAGACUUCAAUUACCACAGUGUGCCAGCACCAUGGCUACAAAUUCAGCUCUUAAGAAUACUGGGGCUGUUAGGAAAAGAUGAUCCAAGGACAAGUGAAUUAAUGUAUGAUGUUCUGGAUGAGUCUUUAAGAAGAGCAGAAAUAAAUCAUAAUAUUACAUAUGCUAUCUUAUUUGAAUGUGUACAAACAAUUUAUACCAUUUGCCCCAAAUCUGAUCUGCUUGAGAAGGCUGCCAAAUGCAUUGGAAAAUUUGUUCUAUCACCUAAAAUUAAUUUGAAGUAUUUAGGACUAAAGGCGCUGACCUAUGUUAUCCAGCAGGAUCCUAAUCUGGCACUUCAGCACCAAAUGACAAUAAUUGAAUGUCUAGACCAUCCUGAUCCUAUCAUCAAAAGGGAAACAUUGGAGCUUCUCUAUAGAAUUACGAAUGGGCAGAAUGUAACUGUCAUAGUUCAAAAGAUGCUGGACUACUUAAGACAAAGCAAAGAAGAAUACACCAUCAUCAACUUAACUGGCAAAAUAGCAGAAUUAGCUGAGAAAUAUGCCCCUGACAAUGGGUGGUUCAUCCAGACUAUGAAUGCAGUAUUUUCGGUAGGAGGAGAUGUAAUGCACCCUGACAUCCCAAACAACUUCUUGAGGCUGCUGGCUGAAGGAUUUGAUGAUGAAAAGGAAGAUGAGCAGCUACGGCUUUAUGCUGUCCAGUCUUAUCUUUCUUUGCUGGAGGAGGAAGAUACAUUUUAUCCACAGAAAUUUCUUCAAGUUAUGAGUUGGGUUUUGGGGGAGUAUUCCUACCUUACAAAUGAUGGUGAUCCAGAAAUCAUUAUAACAAGACUGCACAGGUUGCUGAAGCAGACUUUUGUUACUUCUGAAACAAAAGCCUGGAUUAUGACUGCAAUCACUAAAAUGUCAUCCCGUAUGUCCUGUUCUAAAACAGUUGAUAAACUAAUCCAGGAAUUCAGCACUUCUCUAGACACAUGUAUGAGGCAAUAUGCCUUUGAAUUAAAACAUCUGUGUGAAAACAAGGAGCUGAUGAAAAAGUUGCUUCCGCUUGAUGCCAGUUGUGAUGAGAUAAUGGUAGAUGCUUCCUUAUCUUUCCUAGAUGGGUUUGUGGCUGAAGGACUUCGCUGUGGUGCAGCACCAUAUAAACCUCAUCACCAGAGACAGGAGGAGAAGCUUUCUCAGGAAAAAGCUCUGAGUUUUGAACCUUAUGGAUUGUCGUUUACUUCAAGCAUGUCUUCAUCCGGCUUCACUGGCCGGCAGUCUCCUGCUGGUCUUUCUCUUGGUUCAGACAUGUCUGGUAAUAGUGCCGAGAUAGGACAGAAAGAGACCAAUUGUCUGAAACUUGAUGGUGUGAGGAAAUUAUGGGGGAAAGAAGGCUAUCUCCCGAAAAAAGAGAACAAAACAGGAAAAGAAGAUAAAACACAACCUGUUCCUCCAGAUAGCAUAUUAAUGGGACAUGUAGUCGAUCCUCCUCUGAUGCAGUCUGAGCAACAGGUAGUCAGCCUUUCGGAGGAAGAAAAGGAGAAGAAGCAGCUAGCAUCAACAUUGUUUGUUGGGCUAGGGUCAAACAGCAGUAUCAGUCUGAUGGGGAGAGCAGACACCAUCAAUCAGAAAUUAAAAAAAAAAUCAAAAAUAAGUGAAACCCAGAAUAGCGAAGAAGCAUCUAGCUUCCAAAAUAUUGCUACCUUGCCUUUCAGUCCUUUACCUGAUACAGCUCCUAACAAUAAGGAAAACUUUCAGGGCAAUGAACAUCUCGGAUUAAGGAAAGUCUCACUGAGUUCUUCAGAAGUUUUGGAAGCUAGUGUAUCAUUUGAUACGUCUCAAUCCCUAAGAGAAGCUGGACUGGAUGAGAAGCUUUCAAACUGUAGACUAUCAACAUCCUCUUUGUUUGCUGAUAGUAAUAUUGAAGUUUUUCAGCCUCCCAAAACUGUUCCAGAUAUAGUUGCCAGGAAGGCCCCCUUGAGUCUUUGCUUACCAGAAGAACUAGCUGGUCACCCUCAUUCAGAAAUAGUAGAGCUUUGUAGCUGUGACAUCCUGACUGUGUACUCAUGUAAAGUUUGGACAGAUGAUUGUUCACUGCUUGUCCUGUUUGUUGCCAACAACAGCACCUCACCACUCAAAACUGUGAACCUAGUGUUUGAAACUACAGAGCAUUUUAAGAUCUUUGAGAGUCUUAGCUGUCAUUUUCCUGUAAUAGAAGCUCAAAGCAUGGAAAGCUGCCAAAAGUGUGUGCAGUUGGAAAAAGUCUGUACAGAGGGCAUUCUCUCUGGCUCCAUUAGUUAUCAUCUAGAUAUGGAUACUCACCUUGAAUUUUCACUAAUUUUCUCACUGUCAGAUUUCAUCAGACCAAUGAAAAUUACCACUGAAGACUUUGGGAGACUGUGGCUGUCCUUUUCUAAUGAUGUGAAACAAAAUAUAAAAAUGUCACCUUCUCAGGGAUCUCUCUCAAUAGCUCUGAAUGCCCUGAAGCAGAAACUAAAGCUUCAUAUUGUUGAAAUUAUUGGUAACGAGGGAAUAGCGGCAUGCCAGCUACUUCCAUCAAUCCCCUGUCUGCUGCAUUGUCGUACUCAUGCAAGGACACUGGCACUCUGGUUUAGAUCCUCUUGUUCUGCUCUUCCAGACAGUUUAUUGUAUCAGUGUCAAAAGAUGAUGGAGGAAUCUUAAUUGCAACAGUGCCUGCUUUUCUAACCUGGUGGUGUAAAAAUAAAUUCAUACAAAAGACUUACAGGGUUACACAAAUGUUUACCAAAGCGAAAUGAGUUAAGACGAUACUCAAAAGUGGUUUGACCUGCCCCCCCACCCCCCUCCGAAACUGGCAUAUGCCAUGUGGACUAACAGGAAAGUAGGAUGAUCUUCGAUGUGCCUGCAGAAAUGUGCUCAGGAUUAUACAGUUGCUGACAAAUAACCUGAUGAAGUAUUGCUGUUUAAAUGAAAUGUAUAUUUCUUAGUUUAUUGUAGAUGAUUGAAAGUAUUUAUUUUCUAUUAUGUAAUUUUUGUAUGUAGCAACCCUUUACCCUUAGGAGCAGCUACUUAGCGCUAAAUAUUAUUUUAAGGAAAACAUCACUGCUGUGAAGUCAGCUUUACUCUAAAAAUGACUCAAAUGCUUGUCUUUAACAUUACCAUUUACUUCAUUUAUGAGCUUUUUCUAAAGCUGCAUUUUAAGCACUAUUGGAAACAAAACCCGUACUGGCUGUUGCACAUUGUACGUUAUCUUACCACAGAGGAUACAAGUGCACGCUUCGUAAUUGUUUAACUGGCAUUAAUUGGUCAGAAGUACUGCAUGGGAUCUUUCAGUCAUUUACCAGUUAAGGAUUUGACAAUGGCGUCCACACAGUCUUUGGAAAAUGGGAGAGGUGUCUAAAACUGGGAAUUGUGUGGUGAUAGCUGAAUUGGAUGGAGAUCCAUUGCUAUCCAAGUCAUGUGUAUUGUGUCUGCAGCUCCUUGUCAUUUUCAUUUUAUUCCUCUUCUUCACUUGCCUUUGGUAGAAGCCUGUAGCAAUCAUCAAAAGAACUGUGCAUGUCCCAAAGAGAUUUUUCAAAAGGAUAGUAGAGGAACAUAUUAAGACUGGAUUUAUCAUAGAUGUGUAACAGAAUUGAAAGUGCUGUGUAUUUAAUUUGGGCUGAAACAUUUGAAUUUACUUUGUUUUCUUUUAUAAUGCUAAUUAUCUAUUGAUUGGUUAUCAGUCUUUGUGAAUUAUUGCUUAUAAAUCGUUUGGAUGUAAUUGUGUGGUUAUGAAUCUUUCUAAAGGCUUAUUUGCACGGAUCAGCAAUGUGCACUGUGGGAGUGUGAUUUCUAAAGUGCACUAACUGGUCCAGGUAGAUCCUGCUGAUACGCACUAAAAGUUCCAAAGUGCGUUUUACUCUAGUGCUGUUUGAAACAGUAAAGUGUAUUAGGGAACUUUCAGUGUGCACUGGCGGGGUCUACACAGACCAACUAAUACACAAUGUGUUAGUGAGCUUUCAAAAUCACACCCACAUAGUGUACAUUGCUGCUUUGUGUCCACAAGCCCUGAAGCUUAAUAGAUCUAAUCAGCCUAGCAUGCAUGCUGUGUGUGUCUGGAUUGUUUCUCCCCUUCUUUGCCACUACCAUUCCCAAAACCCAGCACCUAGGCCUUGGAAUCCUGUGAUCUGCAUUUAUUUAGAUCACAUCACUUUCUCGCACAACUUUACAAUAAUUCACAAGUGGCUAUUUUUUCUUUAAUUUGAGAAGAAUUGACAUUUGUGCAAACAAUGUUUGCAAGUGUGGCAUACAAAGGAAAUGGGAUUCUACGUCAAUUUGCAUUAUCCUUAUGCUAUUUUUAUAUUGAAAAGGAAACCUUCGGAGGUAUCUUAAAAUUCUCUGUUUUCAUCUGGCAAACAUCAGUGUUGGAGGAAAGAAAAGUAUUAAUUGUUUUUAUUUUGCCUCAUUUUUGUUAAAUGUUCAUAAAAUCAUAUAAAAAUGUAAUUUUGAUACACCAGUGAUUAAAAAGUUAGUUUUAAUAACUUCUUUUAGAGGUUAAGCCAAUUGUCUUAUAUUACCACAGGUACUAUGAUGUAAGAAAAGAUCUUUUGGUCACUGCUAUUACAAUACCCUCUAAUUGAGGGAUUUAUUAAAGUGCACUAAAUCUCUAAAUAUAUUAAACAUUCUGCAUAUAUUAAAUAAUGUAUAUUUAAUGCUCUGGGACAAUUUGUAUGAAUGAAAGCUUAUUUUAAUUUCCCUGCUAGUAUAGAAUGUAAAUCAACUUCGGUGCUAUAAUUGGAUUUCAGUGUAUUAUAAAAAGUUACAGUAAUAUCUGUUCUGGCCUAUGCAUUUUUCACCAUUUCUUUAAUGGGAUGUUGAGUCUCUUCUGAUAUGAAGCAAACCAGUAAUGCCUUCUGUUUUACUUGUAAGUGUGAUGCUCCUCUUUAUCCUUACUUUUUUCCACCUUAGUUUGUUUAAUUUAACUAUAUAGUUAAUGCACUUUGAGCUGUAAAUAUGCAGAUUCUGAGAAAACAAUGAAGGACCUUAUGUUCCUCUGACAUAAAGGGGUUUGUGCGCUUGUAUCCGAGGUACAGCCUUUAUUUUUAGAUUGUCCACCAAAACCAUUGUGUUAAUCUCUCAUUGUGUUUACACUUUUCUGUAAUUUAAUAAUGUGCGUGUAAUAAAAUCUCCAGCCCAGUUUUA